AUGAACGACAUUGAAACGAUCGCAGCCUCGGUGUUCUAUUCCGCCAGGGACGGACGGCUAAAACGAUUGCAGUUGCUGUUGGAAGGCAAAUCAGCUAUGGAAAAUGCCAAACUGUUGAAAACCACGACAACUGGCGCUACGCCAUUGCUGAUGGCCUGCAGACACGGCCACUACGAUAUAGCCUUGUACUUAAUCAAAAGACACAAAGUCAAUAUCGAACAAACAGGCUCAGUUAUGUUUGACGGUGAAACAAUAGAGGGAGCGCCACCGCUAUGGUGUGCGGCCGCUGCUGGACAUCUGAACAUAGUUAAACUGUUAAUCAGAGAAGACGCCGUGGUGAAUUCUACGACCAAAACGAAUUCGACCCCGUUGCGCGCUGCAUGCUUCGAUGGACACUACGAAAUCGUCAAAUAUCUUGUCGAACACGGUGCAGACAUCGAAGUAUCCAACCGUCACGGUCACACGUGCCUGAUGAUCGCUUGCUACAAAGGCCACUACAAAAUCGCCAACUUCCUGCUGGCCUUAAAAGCUGAUAUCAACAAAAAGAGCGUCAAAGGCAACACUGCGUUGCAUGAUUGUGCCGAAUCCGGUAGCCUGGACAUAUUCAAAAUGCUCAUACUCAAUGGGGCCAAAAUGGAAGUGGACUCUUAUGGUAUGACUCCACUGUUGGCUGCGUGCGUGACCGGUCACGCAGACAUCGUCGAUUACCUGGUUAAGAGUAACAACUUGGUGUCGCGCAAAGAGAAGAUCGAAGCCCUGGAAUUGCUUGGUGCCACAUAUAUUGACAAGAGGAGAGACUUAAUCGGCGGUUUCGACCUGUGGAAACAGGCCAUGGAUCUGAGGUUCAGCGAGGACGACGACGAACUGGACAUACCGAAACCGGACAACGCACUGCCGAUUGAAGCGUACGAAUGGGCUCAGGAAGUGAAAAACCACGAGGAACUCAACGAACUGUUGUCUGAACCUGACGAGAUGAGGAUGCAGGCUUUGUUAGUUAGAGAACGGAUCCUAGGUCCUACGCAUCCGGACACCAGUUACUAUGUGCGCUAUCGAGGUGCUGUGUAUGCUGACGCCGGCAAAUUUACCCGGUGCAUAUCUCUGUGGAACCAUGCCUUAGACAUCCAAAGAGGUUCUCUUGAGUCUUGCCACCAGAUGACUGUCUCUUCAUUCUUCUCCUUUGCCGAACUCUUCUCUUUCAUGUCUGACGCAUGCGCUACCAACGACAACAACGGUUACAGACAAGUUCCGGCGCUUUUGACUUUCGAGGACAUCAUUCAAGUCCUGGUCAAAGCUGUCAAUGAAUUAUGUGAACCAAAAGUUCUGCCAUCGUCGUUCGAUUUAUCUCCUAGAUUAUUGCUCAUUUCAUUGGAUCUCUUUAAUAUGGCUCUCAAAUUGAUACGGAACGAUGAUCAUUCUCACCUGACCCACCGCUUGCUGUAUCGUUUGAACAAGUGCAAAGUUGUAGGACACCUCGGUCAGACUGCUCUUCAUUUGGCAAGUGCGCGUAAAACUGCUCUGGCAACAUCCCGGCAUCCCCAAUCCAUCAGCUCUGAAGAUGCGUCUAUGUUGUUGAGAGCGUUGCUCAAAAUUGGCGCCGACCCCAAUGCGCGUGAUGAAGAGGGUAAUACACCGCUUCAUUUAGUCUCCUCCAAAGAUAUGACUACCAUCAAACUGCUUUUGGGCGGUGGAGCGCAUUACGAUUCUGUCAAUGCAGCUGGUCGCACAUUCUGUGACAUGCGCAAAGCCACUCCGCAUAACCCGCUGUGCCACACAUCUUUGGCGUGCCACGCUGCCCGCGCCAUACGCAAAAACCGUAUACCAUUCAUUGGACAUAUACCAGUCACGUUGUACGAAUUUGUAGAAAAACAUUAG